AUGAGUUCGGGGCAUCCACGUCACCUGGGGGGGGUCAAGAUUUGGCAGAGGCCGCCGCGUUGACUCCGCCCCUUGGAAAGAGAAGAAGGUGGAGAGAGAGAGACGGAGAGACGAGAGAAGGGGAGAUGUUUGAGGAGAGAGAGAGGGAGGGAAAGAGGAAAUGAACGUAGGAAGGGGGUGGGUAGAGAGGGGGAGACGGGAAGAAAAGAAGAGAUAGAAACUGAGUGCUGUGGUAGAGAGAGAGAGAGAGACGGAGAGACGAGAGAAGGGGAGAUGUUGGAGGAGAGAGAGGGGGAGGGAGAAGAGGAAGUGAACGUAGGAAGGGGGGUGGGUAG